AUGGCUCCAGCUCUCCAAGAAAGCAAGCUGGCCUUCAUCGGCGGCGGCAACAUGGCUGGCGCCAUAAUCGGCGGCCUCAUUGCCAAGGGCGUCAACAAGCAGAACAUCUACGUCUCCGAGCCCUGGGAGGUCAACCGCGACAAGCUCGCCGCCACCGGGGUGCGCACCACCACCUCCAACGUCGAGGCCGCCGGCGACGCCGACAUCGUCAUCAUCGCCGUCAAGCCCCAAGUCACAAAGACCGUCUCCGAGGAGCUCGGGGCCGCCUGGUCGUCGCGCACCACCCUCCCCAUCAUCGUCAGCAUCGCCGCCGGCAUCACCCUCGACAGCCUGCGCAACUGGUCCAAGACGAGCGACGGAAGAACGGCACACGUGGUCCGCGUCAUGCCCAACACGCCCGCGCUGGUUGGCGAGGGCGCCUCGGGCCUCUUUGCGAGCGAGGAUAUCACCGCGGACGAGAAGGAGCUUGUCUCUGCGCUGCUGGCGAGCGUCAGCAAGGCGACCGAGUGGGUUGACAAGGAGGAGCUCCUCGACGUCGUCACUGGGCUCUCGGGCUCUGGCCCGGCCUACUUCUUCAACAUGGUCGAGCACCUGAUUUCCAGUGCCGUUGCGCUGGGCCUGCCGAGGGACCAGGCCACCCGGCUGGCCAGCCAGACUUGCUUUGGUGCCGGCAAGAUGCUCGUGGAGUCAUCCGACGACCCUGCGCAGCUCCGCAAGAACGUCACCAGCCCCAACGGCACGACACACGCCGCUCUGGAGACCUUCAAGGCCGAGGGCUUUGAGCAGAUCGUGGAUAAGUCGGUCAAGGCGGCGACGCACCGCGCGGACGAGUUGGGGCAGACACUGGGAAAGCAAUAG